UAUGGAGACACCGGUGCCUGUUUCUACGGAAACCAGGGCGGGGUCGAACAGCUCCGGGCGGCGGAGAAGCCUAUCCACAGCCCCGGAGUCCACUCGGGUUACUCCAGGAGUUCAGGACGGUUGGAAGUGGGGAAGGAGGCUGCUCCCCCGGUGCUGGGCUGCUGGCCGGCAGGGCCUUCAUACAGAGGCCCUCCCGGACCCUCGGCUUUUCCUCUGACUUCUUGUGCCUGCUGUGAGCUUCGCUGGAUUCAGGGUCUUGGUCGUGAGAGGAACGUCAUGUCGGUGCCCCGGUUGCGCGCGCUGCCGCUGCUGCUCCUGCUGGGCGCGUCGUGGGCGCGGGCGGGCGCCCCGCGCUGCACCUACACCUUCGUACUGCCCCAGCAGAAGUUCACCGGCGCCGUGUGCUGGAGCGGAGCGGCUGCCGCACGACCCACUGCUGAGGCCGUGAACGCCAGCGAGGUGGCGGCGCUGCGCAUGCGCGUCGGCCGCCACGAGGAGCUGCUGCGCGAGCUGCAGAGACUGGCCGCCGCCGACGGCGCAGUGGCCGGCGAGGUGCGCGCGCUGCGCAAGGAGAGCCGCGGCCUGAGCGCGCGCCUGGGCCAGCUGCGCGCGCAGCUGCAGCAUGAGGCCGGCACGGGGGCGGGGCCGAGCCAGGGGGCGGAGCCUGCCGCUGCUCUGGCGCUGCUCGGGGAACGCGUGCUCAAUGCGUCGGCCGAGGCUCAGCAGGCCGCCGCCCGCUUCCACCAGCUGGACGUCAAGUUUCGAGAGCUGGCACAGCUGGUCAGCCAGCAGAGCGACCUCAUCGCCCGCCUGGAGCGCCUGUGCCCGGGGGGCGCCGGCGGGCAACAGCAGGUCCUGCCCCCGCCCCUGGUGCCUGUGGUGCCCUUGAGUCUGGUGGGCAGCACCAAUAACACCAGCAGGAGGCUGGACCCAGCCCCAGAGCCCCAGAGAGACCAGACCCAGAGACAACAGGGCUCCUUGGCCUCUCCUAUGCCUGCAGGGGCCCCUGUGAUCCCUACCAAGCCAUCAGGCCCGUGGCAGGACUGUGCGGAGGCCCACCAGGCAGGCCACAGCCAGAGUGGGGUCUACGAGCUGCGACUCGGCCGGCUCCAGGUGUCCGCGUGGUGCGAGCAGCAGCUGGAGGGCGGAGGGUGGACGGUGAUCCAGCGGCGCCAGGACGGCUCCGUCAACUUCUUCACCACCUGGCAGCACUACAAGGUGGGCUUUGGGCGGCCUGACGGGGAAUACUGGCUGGGCCUCGAACCUGUGCAUCAGCUGACCAGYCGGGGAGACCACGAGCUGCUGGUGCUCCUGGAGGACUGGGGGGGCCGUGGGGCACGUGCCCACUAUGAUAGCUUCUCUCUGGAACCCGAGAGUGACCACUAUCGCCUGCGGCUUGGCCAGUACCACGGUGACGCUGGAGAUUCUCUUUCUUGGCACAACGACAAACCCUUCAGCACUUUGGAUAGAGAUCGAGACUCCUAUUCCGGUAACUGCGCCUUGUACCAGCGCGGGGGCUGGUGGUACCAUGCCUGUGCCCACUCCAACCUCAACGGUGUGUGGCACCGUGGUGGCCACUACCGAAACCGCUACCAGGAUGGUGUCUACUGGGCUGAGUUCCGUGGCGGGGCGUACUCCCUCAAGAAAGCCGCCAUGCUGAUCCGACCCGCCAGGCCCUGACUGCCCGCGCCUCUGCCCG